CCGCCGACGCUUCGAGGCGCAGCGGCGGAAUUUGGCCGGCGUCUUUAACCGCUGUGUCCUCGGCGGCCGUAUUGCUGCGCCAAGCAGCUGCCCUAGGAAUCCUUGAACCCGCGUUCACCGGUCUCAGAGAAGGAGGGCGCCGCUUUGCCCGCUGGCUGGCGGCGAUCAGAGCAACUCUGCCGCCUCUGUACCUUUCCCUGUGCCGGAGGAGCUUCGCCUCGAGUUCAGGACGUGGUUCCUGGCUGCAGGAACUUUGUAACGAUUUCAGUAUAUGAAAAAUGUUCUAUGUCCCAAGUGGAAUAUAUCCAGAGGUCUCAGCCUAAUACUAGGACCUAAAUACUUUCUGCCUGCUAGUCAGCCUUACACUUAAUGACUUCUAAGAGCACACAGGCUUUUAAGGGCAUGCUCCUUUUGCUGAUAGCAAAAGUCUACUGUAAAGCAGAUUUCCCUGUUACACCAGCAGCAUCUAACACAUGUUUACUGUGUCUUUUGAUCAAAUGACCAUGCUGAAUAACUAACCUACACCAUCUAGGCUUGUUUUUAUGUUUGCCAGGAAGCACCAUGGCCUGUGCUGCUGUCUUGAUUCCCAGGUUGUUGCGGGGCUCUGUUGGUGCCAUCUGCACUCAGUCUGCUUUAUUGACAUCCGGCACUUUGCGUCACCUUGCUCAAACCAGCAUAAUGAAAUCCAAAAGGAAAACUGAUCAUUUGGAGAGAACUGCAAGUGUCAUUCGGCAGGAGGUCGUGGCCGCAGCAAAAGUGUGUGGAGCUGCCAAUGAGUCACCAUCAGUAAAGAGCCUGCACUUGCUUGUUGCUGAUCAAGAUUUUUCCUUUAAAGCUGGCCAGUGGAUUGAUUUCUUCAUCCCAGGAGUGUCAGUGGUUGGUGGGUUUUCAAUAUGCUCUAGUCCCAGACUACUAGAACAAGAGAGAAUGAUAGAAUUGGCAGUGAAAUAUGCAAACCACCCUCCUGCUCUCUGGAUUCAUAAUAAGUGUACACUUGACUCUGAAGUGGCUGUGAGAGUGGGUGGAGAUUUCUUUUUUGACCCUCAACCAGAAGAUGCCCCUAGGAACCUUGUGUUGAUUGCAGGAGGGGUUGGAAUUAAUCCCCUGCUUUCCAUCCUGCGGCACUCAGCAGACCUCCAUCGAGAAUGGGCAAACAAAGGAAGUGGAUAUGAGAUUGGAACAGUCAAACUGUUCUAUAGUGCAAAAAAUACCAGCGAACUCCUUUUUAAGAAAAAUAUCCUUGAUUUAGUAAAUGAAUUUCCUGAGAAGAUUGCAUGCAGUUUCCAUGUUACAAAACAGACUACACAAAUCAGUGCGGACCUUAAGCCAUACAUCACGGAAGGAAGAAUAACGGAGAAGGAGAUAAGAGAUCAUGUUUCAAAAGAGACUUUGUUCUAUAUUUGUGGCCCACCUCCAAUGACAGACUUUUUCUCCAAGCAACUAGAAAACAACCAUGUUCCCAAAGAACACAUUUGCUUUGAGAAGUGGUGGUAGCAGAAAGCCAAGCGACAAAACAGAAGACUGACAUUCGGGAGAGUAGGAGAUACUAUUUAAUAGCAUCUACCUCUACUUGAGCUGUCUUUUAAGACUGUGAAGUGACUGCUGGUGAAUAAAAGAAAAGCUAGCUAGCACCACACUUAAAUAGUAAACUUUUGGGGAAGAAUUUAUUGAUCAAACUAUGUUUUUUACUAUAUUGAUUUUCUUCUAAUUUCCCUGUUUAAUUAUUUCAGGAUACACUGUGAGUUGGGUAUUACAGAUUUUUUUUCUUUUGCCCUUAGAGGAAAAAAGAAAUGUGUACUCACAUUCAGUCAUAAGAAACAAGUUUUUGUGGGAAGUGUUUAAAUUAUAUGACAGCAAUUUAUAAACCUUGUGCUCACUGAACUUAUAAUUUAAAUAUAGUCUUUAUUUUUAAAUUUUAUAUUUAAUGUCUCAGUGUCCUUUUAUCAUGGCCUGAAACUGCUUAAGGAGCGGAAUAUCCAAUGUGCUGCUUCCUGGUAAUAAAUAUCCUAAAUGUGUAUGGUAA